CCCGAGCUCUCCCCGCGCCGCCCCCCGGGGGACCCCGCGCCAUGAAGGACCGGACCCAGGAGCUGCGCGGCGCGAAGGACAGUGACGAUGAGGAGGAAGUCGUCCACGUUGACCGCGACCACUUCAUGGAUGAGUUCUUCGAGCAGGUGGAGGAGAUCCGGGGCUGCAUCGAGAAGCUGUCGGAGGACGUGGAGCAGGUGAAGAAGCAGCACAGCGCCAUCCUGGCCGCCCCCAACCCUGACGAGAAGACAAAGCAGGAGCUGGAGGACCUCACGGCCGACAUCAAGAAGACGGCCAACAAAGUGCGCUCCAAGUUGAAAGCCAUUGAGCAGAGCAUCGAGCAGGAGGAAGGCCUGAACCGCUCCUCGGCCGACCUACGCAUCCGGAAAACGCAGCACUCGACGCUGUCCCGCAAGUUCGUGGAGGUGAUGACGGAGUACAACGCCACCCAGUCCAAGUCCGCCCGGUGCAAGGACAGGAUCCAGAGGCAGCUGGAUAUCACCGGCCGGACCACCACCAAUGAGGAGCUGGAGGACAUGCUGGAGAGCGGGAUUGCCAUCUUCACCGAUGACAUCAAAAUGGACUCGCAGAUGACCAAACAAGCCCUGAAUGAGAUCGAGACGCGACACAAGAUCAUCAAGCUGGAAACGAGCAUCCGGGAGCUGCACGACAUGUUCGUGGACAUGGCGAUGCUGGUGGAGAGCCAGGGCGAGAUGAUCGACCGCAUCGAGUACAACGUGGAGCACUCGGUCGACUACGUGGAACGGGCUGUGUCGGACACCAAAAAAGCCGUAAAGUACCAGAGCAAAGCCCGGAGGAAGAAAAUUAUGAUCAUAAUUUGUUGCGUGGUGCUGGGGGUGGUCUUGGCCUCCUCCAUCGGGGGCACGUUGGGCUUGUAGGGUCCCGGCGCGCCCCCCCCCGCCCCCCCCGCGGCAGUAAUUAACGCUCCCUUCCUCCCUCCCCGGUAAUGAGAAUAACCACAUUAAGCGAGACUUAAGAAUAAAUUAAGAGACAAUUAAUUGUUCAUGCGAACGGACAUAACAGCACGUGGUCCAAUCACCCGCCGCCCUCCUGCCCUCCCCCCCCGCACCGCGGGCCAGAGCGGCCCGGCCCGACCCGGGGCCGGUAAAUCUAAGCGGUUCGUUGGCCUCCAUCCAUCCCACCAUCCUGCUCCUCGGAUGCCUGGGUCCUCCCCCACCACUUCUUCUCGCCUCCCGCCCCCUCCCCCUCCACCACCAUCUCCCAUCCAUGCGCUGUGCUUGUGUCGUCCCCCCCCCCCCCCCCAGGGCAGGGGUCCCAGCAUGGGCUGGGGGGGGACACGCCGGGUGCGGGGAGCCCGGGAAUGUGCCCCGAGGGACAGGAGGUGGCCCUAGAGGGGGGCUACGAGGAGUCAAGGACGGGGGGGUGGAGGUUGGGGUGGGCCUAGAGGGGGGGGGUCCUAGAGUUGGGGUGACCCUUGAGAGGGGUCACGGGUUGGGUUGACGUUAGGGGAGCAAUUAUGGAGGCAGCUGGCUAGGGUUGACCCCAGACAGGGGGGUCAUCGGUCAGGUUGACCCUAAAGACAGGUCAUGGGGUCGGGUCAACCCUAAAGAGUCACGGCCCAGGUUGGGUUGACCCUAGGGAAGAAUUUUGGGGACAUCCAGGGUUGGUUGACCCCAGGUAGGGGUCAUGGGUCACGUCGACCCUAAAAAGGGGUCAUGGUUGACCAUAGAGAGGGCCGAUGGGCUGGGUUGACCCUAAAGAGCGGUCAUCGGUUGGGUUGACCCUAAAGAGUCAUGGCCCAGGUUGGGCUGACCCUAGAGAAGGAUUUUGGGGGCAGCUGGCGUGGGUUGAUCCCAAAGAGGGAUCCCAGGAGGUUGGGUUUGAACCCGGUGAAGGGUCCUGGGCUGGGCCGAGUCAGCCUGGCCCCAGUGGGAGGCUGGUGGACGGGCCCUGGGGCUGGUUUGGGGUCGGGUUGACCUUAGGAAAGGUUGGGGGGGGGGGUUGGGGGGGGGGGGGGGGGGGGGGAGGGGGAGGGUUGGGUUGUCCCACCCCCGUGGGGGUGAGGGUGCCCCGGAGGUGGGUCACAUGGUGGGGGGUCCGUGAGGGGGCAGGAGCGGCUCUAGCCCAUUCCCAGCGCGCAUCCGAGGCAACGCCAUUACCUGCCUGACUAACCCACUAACUACUCAUCCAACCAGCUAACCACCACCCAUCCAGCCAGCUAACCAACCAGCUAACCACCCACCCAGACAGUUAAACAACCACCCACCCAACCAGCUAACCACCCAACCAGCUAACCACCCAGUCAACCAGCUAACCACCCACCCAACCAGCUAACCACCCACCCAACCACCCAACCAGCUAGUUAACCAAUCAUCUAAUGACCUACCCGUCCACCCAGUCAGCUAACCAAUCACCCCCCACCCACCUAACCGCUCAGCCAACCAGCUAACUAGUCACUCAACCAGCUAACCAGUCGCCCAUCCGAGCAGCUCAGCAACCAACCAGCUAACCACUGCCCACCCAGCCAGCUAAUUAACCAGCUAAUUAACCCAACUAACGAGCUAACUAACAACUCACAUCUAACUGCCAUCCAUCCAACCAGCUAACUGACCACUUAACUAACCCGUUAACCAGCCAGCCAACCAACUCAUCGCCCAGCUGAUCAGCUGACCGCCCAACUAAUCAACCCAUUGCUCAGCUAAUUGACCCGUCGCGGAGCUAACGAACCAGCCAAUCACCCGACUAACUACCUAUCUGUCUCAUCACCCACCCAACUAACCAACCAAUCAGCUAACUACCCACCCACAUGACUCAUCACCUGCCCAACCAACCCACUGACUACCCAACCUCCCAGCCAAUCACCCGCUGACCCAACGGGCCAAUCAGCCGCCCUCCCGGCUAACCAACCAAUCGGCCAACUGCCCCUCCAAGCACCCGGCCAAUCGUGACUCAGCCACCUCCCAGGCGCUCACCCACCAGCUCGAGCAGCCAAUCAGCUGUCCUUGUGCCCUGGCACCCACCCAAUGACUGCAUGACCCACCCAACCACCCCAGUAAUGACCCAACCACCCCGCUAACAACCCCAUCACCCCGCUAAUGACCCCAUCACCCCGCUAACGACCCACCACCCCGCUAACGACCCAACUACACCAUCAACAUCCCAACCACCCCAUUAACGACCCAACGACCCCAUCAACGACCCCACGACCCCAUUAACAACCCAACGACCCCAUUAACGACCCAACAACCCCAUUAACGACCCAACGACCCCAUUAACGACCCCAUGACCCCAUUAACGACCCAGCGACCCCAUCAA